AUGAAUGUGAAAGUAUAUGAGAGCACAUUUCGAAGCAAGUUGAAAAAACUGAGUGAAGAUAGCCUCACAAAGCAGCCUGAAGAAGUUUUUGAUGUAUUGGAAAAGCUCGGUGAAGGAUCCUAUGGUAGUGUUUUUAAAGCCAUCCAUAAAGAAUCUGGACAGGUUGUUGCCAUAAAGCAAGUGCCAGUGGAGUCUGACCUACAGGAAAUUAUUAAGGAAAUUUCAAUAAUGCAACAAUGUGAUAGUGCUUAUGUCGUGAAUUACUAUGGCAGCUAUUUUAAAAAUACGGAUCUCUGGAUAGUUAUGGAAUAUUGUGGGGCUGGUUCUGUGUCCGAUAUUAUCCGACUACGAAACAAAACAUUAAUAGAAGAUGAAAUAGCAACAAUCCUUAAAUCGACCUUGAAAGGGCUGGAAUAUCUGCACUUCAUGAGAAAAAUCCAUCGAGAUAUCAAAGCUGGAAAUAUCCUACUGACUACGGAAGGCCAUGCAAAGCUUGCGGAUUUUGGUGUUGCAGGUCAGCUGACAGAUACAAUGGCAAAACGCAACACAGUGAUAGGAACACCAUUUUGGAUGGCCCCAGAAGUGAUCCAAGAAAUAGGCUACAAUUGUGUUGCAGAUAUCUGGUCUUUAGGAAUCACUGCAAUUGAAAUGGCAGAAGGCAAACCACCCUAUGCAGACAUCCAUCCAAUGAGGGCUAUUUUUAUGAUUCCCACCAACCCACCGCCAACAUUCCGGAAGCCAGAGCUUUGGUCAGAUGAGUUCACGGAUUUUGUAAAGAAGUGCCUGGUGAAGAAUCCAGAGCAAAGAACAACUGCCACACAACUGUUACAGCACCCUUUCAUUAAAGAUGCCAAAUCUGUAUCAAUUCUAAGAGAUUUAAUAAUUGAAGCAAUGGAAAUCAAAGCAAAAAGACAUCAGGAGCAACAAAGAGAACUUGAAGAUGAUGAUGACAACUCAGAUGAAGAUGAGGUGGAUUCCUACACCAUGGUGAAGACUAGUCAUGCAAGCACAAGCACCAUGAGGGCAACCAGUACAAUGAGUGAAGGUGCCCAAACCAUGAUUGAGCACAACAGUACUAUGUUGGAAUCAGACUUGGGAACCAUGGUAAUUAACAGUGACGAAGAGGACGGAACCAUGAAAAGGAAUGAUGCUACAGAAGAGUUACAAAGGCCAGCCUUUAUGGAUUACUUUGACAAACAGGAGAAGAAUAUUCAACCUCUUGGAAAUUGUAACCAGAAUCUGCAGGAGCCUUUCCAUAAAUCAAGAAAUAUUUUCCCUGAUAAUUGGAAGGUACCACAAGAUGGGGAUUUUGAUUUUCUGAAAAACCUGAGCUUUGAAGAACUACAGAUGAGGUUGAGUGCUCUGGAUCCAAUGAUGGAGCGAGAAAUUGAGGAUCUGCGCCAAAGAUAUCAGGCUAAGCGACAGCCUAUUCUAGAUGCCAUGGAUGCAAAGAAACGAAGACAGCAGAACUUCUAGUUGAACGUACUAUCCAGGGUAGUAUAUCAUCAUCUCUAAGAUGUAGUGCCAGAACAUUUAAAGCAAAAGUAAUAAAACACUGUAGAACAAUGUUAAUUAUAACCUGCAAUCUUUCCUGCAGUCAAUGAAGCAAUCAGUUUUAACAGGAAAUGUAUGGUUUAUUUCCUGGCUACCUUUGUUUUGCCACAGCUUCAAUCCAUGCAAGGAAACCAUAAUUAGGUUUGAAACAUGCUGUGUGGGGUCAGGCAACACCGACAUUCUGAAAUGCCAUUAAUGUAGCGAAACAUCACAAGAUGCUUCGUGGAAAUGUUUUCCCCCCCCCACAAUUUGUUUUUGAGUACAAAAGGAAAUAUUGGGACAGAGGCCCAAAACCUUGAGGAAUAGGUAGGUUCUGAAGGAUGUCUUAAGGGCAGUCAGUGAAGGAGGCAGGUUGAACGCAGGAAUUCCAGAGCCAGGGGGCUUUAGCAACAAACGACAAAGCUGCCUAUGGUGGUGUGAUUAAACAUUGCAGUAUUCAUGAGCCUAGAAUUGGUGCAGCACAUAUCAAACUGACUUAAAAAUGUAUUGCCACUCCUUCAUUGUAAUGAGGCUUAAAUUCUCACACUCUUUAGCCAAUAACACAAGUAAGAGUGCCUUCCACCUAAGCGAUUCCAACAUUUUAAAUAGGCACCUCACCCCAUCCAUCACCAGCUUCAAGGUAAUUGGGGAUGGGCAAUAAAUGCUCUUCUUGCUAGUGAUGUCCACAUGCUUUAACUUAAUUUAAACCAUUGCUUUAGUUUUUCAUCAGAUGUCUGUCAGGUUUCAGAAUACUACCAUCCUUGGCAUGUAAAAACCAGCCAAUAGGCAUUCCUGUGGCAGGGCACCUAGAACUGUACACAGCCCUCAAAAUGUGGCCAUACCGAUAUCUUGUACCGCUGUACAUAUAAUAUCUUGCGAGCCACCUCAGCAAAGGCAGACAUCAAUGAUUACAUUUGCUGCUGCCCUCAUCCUUUCAGUGCCCAAGGGAAAGGAUGUUGAAAGCUCAGGAUCUCAAACCUACCACAAAAUGCAUAGUCCCUUGAGCAGCAUUAUUCAAAAAAAAGAGCCACACAGUAUAUGAGUCUGAUUCCUGGCCCAUCCAGGUAAAGAUUGCCUGUGCGAUGAUAAUGUGUUGCCAUGGACCAUCCCGUGUCACUGCAUGCUUAAGGAGUGGCCCAGAGACACAUUGUCCUUUGCAACUGGCCCUUAAAAUGACACACCAAUUUGUUUAUAUAAGCACAUUGAAUCAGGGGCUGCUGCUCACAAUAGUAGGGUGUUAAUCACAACACGUUGUUGCUACUAUAGCCAGGCAAUGUUGCUAUCUGUUCAAAUAUUAUGGUGUGCACAGCUGAUGCAUUGGCAAACCCACUGAUUGGAGUCGGUUUUGGCUUCAAAUUUUCAACACUAACUAAUCAACAGAAAUUGAUAUCUAAUUGAGGAUUACCACUGAUUUAUGCAAGAUUAAACUGAAUGCUUCAUUGUCUAUGAAGAUGUUCAGCAAAUUCCAAGAAUGGACAUAACUAUUGUAAAAGAUUGUGUAGUUAAUUUAUUUUAAUGUGAAUACUGAUUUUAUUGUGCAUACGAGGAUUUAAUGGUAUCAGCAAGCGCCAGUUCUAUUUUUGCUUCUAUUCUAUCAUGCUGUCAACACUAAGUGUCUUGUAUCUUAACUUAUUGUUCUCAUGUUCAACUAUGUGAGCCUUGUUACAACAGCCGCAAGCUGUAUGUAAGUUCACAAAAGAAACAUCAAGUGAUGUAAAUGCCUUGAACAAACCCAGUGUUUAACCUGUUUCAGCAAAACUGCCAAUUUUUCUUGCUGAGUAUUUUCAUACAUUUCGAUGCGCUAGUGAUUAGUGGUAACAUUUGUAAAUGCAAUCCCACAAGGCCUUUAUAAACCCAAAUUACCCCCCCCCCCCUAAAAUUCUAAGUCGCACCCAUGUACCACCUGAGAGAUGGGCCUUGUUUACAUAAACUCAAAUAGAACUACUGCAGAUAUAAAAAUAAAGUACAGCUUAUUGUGCGUCUAUAUUUUAUUUUUUUCACUGUAUUCAUGUAGGCCAUUUGCCAUCCCCAGUGCAAUGCCCCUACCACAGAUAGACACUAAAAGCUGGAGUAACUCAGUGGGUCAGGCAGCAUCUCUGGAGAAAAGGAAUAGGUGACCUUUCGGAUUGAGACCCUUCUUCAGAUUGAGAGUCAGGGGAAAGGGAAACGAGAGAUAUAGAAGAUAAAUAGCCUCACAAGUUGAAGGCAUGGGUGGAUAAGAACAUAGAACAGGACAGGAACAGGCUCUUUGGCCCACAAUGUCCGUGCAGGACAUAAAAUCAUGUAAUACCUUAACUUGAAUGUGCUAGUUGAAUCCAGCAUAACUUGAUGGAUUUUUUAUAAUAUUGGAAAUGAAACAUUAUGCAUGCAUAUGCUAUGCAUAUGCCUCAGCUACUGUUUAGUCUUGUAAUGUUGUGCUGUGUACAAACCUAAACCAUAACCUUGCUAAAUUAGAAAUAUAAAUGACACUGGUUGCGAACUAGCUAGAAUUAGCUAAUUCAUCCUUUAUAUUGCAGGUUUUAAAUGGUUUGCCGUUACAAAUGAACUUUUAUGCAUUAGCUUAUUCAAAAGACAGAUGAUGAGCAAUUAGAAGGCUUUGUGCAAAAGCAAGAUUUUUAAACUGACCCAAUUAUUCCAAACUCUGUCCUUUUUAAAAUAAGGAUAAACCAUUCAGCCCAUCAUGUUCAUCCACGGUGCAGUCCCAUCAGCAAUUUUCCCCCCUCCAUAUUUUCCUGGAGCCCUGGAAUUUUCCCUCACAUGCCCAAGAACUCCACUGAUUCUAUUGCCACUUACCUCCACUAAGGAAUAGUUUACACCAGCCAGUUAACUUACCAGCAUACCUUUGGGAUAUGGGAGGAAAUCAGAUGCCCUACAUAGGCAAACCCACUCGGUCAGGGGGGGACCUCGCAAACUCCACACAGACAGCAUUCAAGGACAGGAAUGAAACCAAAUCUCUGGAGCUAUGAGGCAGCAGCACUACACUAUAUCAUCAUGCACUGUGAAGUGGUAACACCAGCAAGGUGCUGUGCAUACCAUGGUGAUGUUUCUUAGUUAUGUUUUUGCUUUGAUCAUUUUAUAACAUAUUAACACUAUUAAUUCUUCACCCGCUACAUUUGGCAGCUGACUAUAUAGUCAGUGCGCUUUCAACUCAAACUGGAGUUAAGAAUGCUCAUAGAAAAAGGGUGUGUCGAGAGAGAAAAGGAUUACAUACGUUUCUUGGUGUGGACAAUACUGAAUUAACUACCAAAAAUUGAUUAUUCUAUGUGUGUUUAAGGAAAAGUGGAAUGUAUAUACUGUCGUGUGUGUAAUUUAUUAUACAAGUAAUUAAAAGUAGAUUAUGGUUUAAACUUUAAAAAUCUCUAGAAACUUAAAUCCAUCUAGAAACUUAAAUGAUAACUGGAUUCCAAGAAUCACAGCAAGUUGCCAAAUUGGAAUAGUUUCAGUGCCUUUUUAAAAACAAAAAUCACUUGAUUAAUGUGAACAUUUCAAGUCAGUACGAGUUGAUAAAGUGUGAUGCUGCUCGAAAUUCUUUCUCUUGCAAUAGGGCAAGGUCGGAACAAUUAUGAAUUCAUCUUGAGAACAGAACUAUUUCCUUCAGUGGAUCCAUAGUGCAUGCUCAGCAGGAAAAGCCACUCGGGAAGAAGUAAUCAUUCACUGUGAUUAACCCAAGGUGGGUUACAAGCGAGUUAAGGUUUAGCUCACAUAAAGUCCUGGAUGUUUUCGCAUUUAUAUGGCUCUGUGUUUCAUAAGACUGUUAGUUUAGUUUAAAAUAGACCCAAAAUGCUGGAGUAAUUCAAUGUAAUCCAGGAAGAGGUCCGAGCAGGUGUGGAGGAAGAGCGUGUGAGCAGGACGGUGGGGCUCGGGCAGCAGGGAACGUGGACAAAGUGGGAGAGCAUACCGCAGCGCAGGAUUACCUGGUCAAACAUCAUGCAGGCAGACCUCCAGCACGUCCGGUUCCUUGUCCAAACUGUCUACGAUGCCCUACCAAGCCCAGCAAACCUCCACGUCUGUGGCAAUAGCGAGACACCUUCCUGCCCAAUUUGCUCUGGAAGAGGAUCAUUAGAACAUCUCCUCAGCAGCUGCCGAAAGUCCCUUGGGGAAGGUCGCUAUCUGUGGCGCCAUGACCAGGUGCUCAAGGUGGUUGCUGAGAGCAAAGCCACUGCCAUCGGUAACGGCAAACACCACCACGCCCCAGAGAAAUCAAUCACUUUUGUCAAAGCUGGAUAGAAGUCUCGACCUCAACCAAAAACAAGGACGGGCCUCCUCCACACAGCCACUGACUGGCAGCUGCAUGUCGAUCUGGGCAAACAGCUGAAAUUUCCACAGCACAUCAUAGCAACAUCACUCCAGCUAGACAUGAUCAGUGCCCUGGGAAUAAUGUAUUGAAGAGGCUAACGAGAGGAAACGUGCAAAGUACCAGGAACUGGUGGAGAUGUGCCAGGCCAGUGGCUGGAAGACAUACUAUGAGCCCAUAGAGGUGGGCUGUAGAGGCUUUGCAGGACGCUCACUCUGCAAAGUCCUCAAGCAGUUGGGCAGUACGGGGCUGGCAAAGAAGAGGGCCAUUCAAACCGCAAGCGAAGCCGCAGAGAAAGCCACUAGGUGGGUUUGGAUUAAGAUGGCUGAUCCGUGGGCGGUUGCUGCUGGGACGCAAGUCAGGGCCUGAUCAACCCCGGCUGGGUCGCCUGGGCGAGGGUGUCUGAUGUUGUGAGACCCGAAACACCCGAUGACCCCAGGUCACAUCACUGAGGAUGUGUCCCAGCGCAUCUAGGAGAUGUAUCUUUCACACAUAAGACUGUUAGUUUAGUUUAAAAUAGACCCAAAAUGCUGGAGUAACUCAACGGGUCAGGCAGCAUCUUUGGAGAAAAAAAGGAUAGGCGCCAUUUUGGCUUGCGACCCCAGACCCAGUCUGUGUAUGAAGAUGGGUCACGACCCCAGACCCAGUCUGUGUAUGAAGAAGGGUAGCGACCCGCAAAUGUCACCUAUCGUUUUCUCCAAAGAUGCUGCCUAACCCGCUGAGUUACUCCAGCACUUUGUGUCUACUUGUGGUAUAAAUCAUCAUCUGUAGUUCUUUGUUACUACUUAGUUUAGUUUAGAGAUACAGCAUUCAAAAUAGGUCCUUUGGCACUCCGAGUCCACGCCAAACAGCGAUCACCCAUUCUAUGUUCCAUGUUAUUCCACUUUCUCAUCCACUCCCUACACAUUAGAGUAAAUUUACAGAGACCAAUUAACCUACAAACCUGUUCGGAUUUAGGAUGUGGAGGAAACCCAUGCAGUCACACGGAGAACGUGCAAAGUCCACACAGAUAGCACACGUAUCUCUGGCGCUCUGAGGCGGCAGGUCUACUAACGAAAUACUGGGAAUAAUAGAUGUCAGUCAUUUUAGUGUUCCAGUACAACGGGGGCCACACCAUGUGGCGAUUUGAAAGCUGUUGCUCCAGAUCAACUCGUGAAGACCAUUACCAAUCGCUAUUUGCAUCAAAAAUAUGUGCAAUGUUUUCUAUUUUAUUCAAAACUGUAUUUAAAUAGGGCUAUGGAGACCCAGAACACCACUGAAUCUUGAACAAAAGUGCUAGAGGAACUGAAUGGGCAGGCAGUAUUUGUGGAGGGAACGCACAGAUGAUGUUCUGGGUCAGGACUCUCCUUCGGUCUGAAGAAGGGUCCUGACCCGAAAUGUCGACUGUCCAUUCCCUCCAUUGAUGCUGCCUGACCCACUGAGUUCCUCCAGCUAUUUGUGUUUAGUGCUCUGCCCAUCUGAUUGGGCUGCAGUGGUGGGUGUUGAUUUAGAUAUUUUUUAAGAGUAUACUUUUAAAUAAAAUGUUUCGCAAAUAUUCUGCUUUUCUUAAAAUAAUAACACCAAUAAUAAUGACCCCAUGGAUUUGUGAGGCUUUUAAAUAUAAGCAUUACCAUGGCAGGACCAUUAGAGUUAGGGAGGCAGCAUUCAUGAACAAUUGAGUGAUUACCAUUGCGUAUUGCAGUGUUUAAUAAUUUGGCAUCAUCAGAGAUUCUUUGUUUUAAAGUAAAGCUGAUGUGGCAAAAAAACAUGGUAGGACAUGCUAUUGAAGUAAGGUGCUAAGGGGUUGCAUAGAAUGUAACUACCGUUUCGGCUGAUGGACAUUUUUGUGCCCUACAUUCCAUCUAAUUAUUUUAUCCUUUAGAAAACUGAGAAGUGUUAAAGUUGUCAGUUAUACAUUGAAGACUAGUCUAAAAUACCCUGAUUUCAAUAAAUGCUUGGCUAAACAUUGCACUUUUAUUAAGCAGAACGCCCAGCUUGUUUAAGGCAGCUUUGUAAAAACUUCCCAAAGGAGCUUUGUAGGAGCUUAACCAAACAGGAGUUGUGCUGGCAGCAGCAUCACUCCUGUCCACAUGCAUACCUUCUCAACGUUAACGUUAUCUGCUCUGAUUUCAUCAGACUUAAAACAGCUGGUAGUCCAAACCAUAAUGGAAGGUAACGCAUUCCAAAUACACAGAUCUGACAGCACCUCCAAUGAAUGCAGGCAUUUAGAGGUCCACAAGGGGAAAAUGUUGCCGGUCCCAACAUCUGCCGAUUUAGAGUUAAUUUCUCCCAGUGAUGGCGUGUUUCUGGGAUACAAUUCAGAAUUUUAUAACUGAACUUGCUAUUAACAAAUUAUGGCCCAUUGUCACCACUUUUCAGCAACUCCUACUGACUUGAAUUGGUAAGUGUAUUUAUCAAUGAUGCUGUCAAUCUCUCUUUGACUUUGUGUUGGAUUAUUUAAAAUAUUCAUCUUUGGGUAUAGCUGGUUGAUGCCAACAAGAAUAUCUAUGUAUUUUAAAUUUCAUAUGUUCAUUUUCUUAACAUGGAACACUAACUUAUUUUAUGAUGUGCCUUCUGCUAUAUCCCACAAUAAAGAAAGUCAAUAGCUGAGG